AUGAGCUUACAGGAAGAGGGUCCCCAGGAGCCGCAGCAGGAGACACUGCGGCAGACAGCAGCCACAAUAAUUCAGAAGACCUGGAGAAGACAUGUGACCAGAGAGGUCUUCAAGUAUUUCAAAGAGCUUAUCGGUCAUUGCAGCCAGCAGGAUCCCCAAGCAAUCCUAAAGACUGUCAAUCCUCGAGAGGCUGAGUUGCUGGACGGUGCUGCUGGUGUGCGCAUAAGAUUUCGACUCGGAGGGAUUACCUUUCCUCCCAACAUCUAUUAUAAGAUCUUCACCCAUCGACCCAUCACAGACUUGUGUGCCAGCAGCCCAAAGGCCUACACCCAGCCAGGCCUUAAGAAGCCUGUGCCCCGGCAGACCAACAACAGCUGGCCUCUGAUGCAGGAGGACCGAUCGGGAAGGUACCAGCGCAUGGAGAACAACAGCUGGAGGCUCUUCUGUAGCAAGGCGGUUCCCAUGAGUGAGCCCAAAGAGAUUGAGGCUAAAGAGAAAAUGGAUUUUCACUAUUCCAUGUUGCAGCGGCAGCAAGAUGUAGGCAAGUGGCGGAAGAAGAGGAAAAUUGAAUGGCUAAAGCAGAUGUACAACCAGGGCCGUCUGCAGACUCACCCAGUGGUCAAUUCCGCCCAGGAAGUGAUGGACGCCAUUGAAGAGAGGGGACAUGAUGAGAUACUGGACCGGGAGCUGGAUGAGCUGAUGGCCUGGACCAACGCUAUCAACUUUGAGGAGUACUUGCAGGAGUGGAUGUGUCUGGCCUGCAGUCACUCCUCUAAGCCAAGCAAAGACAAGGAGGAUUUGUUCGUGCGUCAGAUUGAUCCGGUCAUAGACAAUGUCGAUGAGGAAGAUGAUGAUGAGGACUGGCAGCCUCCACAGGCCUCUCCUGCUGCCAUCCAACCAAGAGAAAAAAGAAAGUCACGUCCCUCCCCCACUACCAUCCAGGACAAAGAGAAGACCUGCACCUCCAGCACCCCCCUCGAAGCUCACACAUUCAAGACAAAGAGGAAAGCCAUUGACCACACCCGCACUGAGCACAGGUCGGAGAAGUGUGUCAACGACCCCAUCCAGCUCAACAUCAGCACAGCCUGCACAGACCCCCACUACACAAAGGAGAGGUGA